GACUUUACACGGCGGCGAUGGCCGUUACCUCUGAAACUCCCGACGGCUCUAACGGCGGCGAUCCAAACAAGAAACCAGAAGACGUCGAGAAAGAAGAGGAAGAAGAAGAGAAUCAAAAGGAGAAACCUGAAGACGAAGAAGAAGAAGAAAUACAGUAUCGCUCGAUUUCUUUCCCAAAUCUUCCACACGAUCUCACCGAACUUUGCGUCGCACUCCUCCGGAGAUGCAAUUACCCGAGCCUAUCCCUCAUCUCCAAGGGCUUUCGCACUCUUGCCGCUUCGCCGAGACUCUACGACGCUCGCUCGCGACUCGGCGUCACCGAAUGCGUUCUUUACGCCUCCAUCGGAUUCCCUACUUCCUCAAGCCCGAGCUGGUACAUUCUCCGCCGUGACGAGAUCUCCUUGCGACUGUGCAGAAUCGACAAACUCCCGAUUCAUUGGGGAUCUGCCGUCGUCACAAUCGGACCGACGAUGUACGUAAUCGGAGGAAGAUCCGACGGGAAACCCACAUCGGAUGUGACUCUAAUCGAUUGCAGAUUCCACACACAUAAAGAGCUCGGGGAUGACAUAAUCCUCCAAAUAAGCUUUAGACAGCAAACUUUAUUUGCAACCUCAAUCGAGAUCUCAAGCAGGAUCCUUUUUCCCAGGGAAGGUGUUUGGGCACGAAGGAACGAUGGUGAAGAAUUGAAGAGUUUGUGGAAAGCAUCGUCUUGUGUGGUUGAUGAUAAGCUGUAUUCGAUCGAUCCUUUGUGUAGUCUUGGACAUCCAGUAGUCGUGUAUGAUCCAACGGAGAGGACUUGGAGAUCUGUGAGAGGUGUCUAUGGUUUUCCUACUAAUAUCUCUGAUUAUGACUCUAAAAUGGCAAAUCUUGGUGGGAAGCUGGUGGUUUUGGCUGGUAAGAGCCCGUUGUUUAGGUCUGAUCAUCACGGGGAAGAAGAGAUUUGGUGCUUAGAGAUCCAUUUGGAAAGACGUCAAGAUGGUGAGAUUUGGGGGAAUGUCGAAUCAAUCAAGCGUGUGCUUACAUCAAUCGAGUCGCCUUACAUUGAGCAUUGUCGAACUUUUACCCUUUGAUGAUGCUUGGGAUUGGUGUUCUUGCAGGUGAAUCAAAGUGACUCAGAAGCUGUAUCUGACACCUCAAGAGUAACUCUUACUUCUUUACCUCUCUGCACAGUGUAUAUACUCUUUACAGAAUUAGCCUUGAGUAGAUUUCUUAAGCUGUAAAGAAGAUAGGUUUAUUCUUUUAGCU